AUGGAACCGAGUGAACCAUUGAAGCCAUCGACGACCUCAAAGAAAUGUCGGAUAGCAGAAAUGAUUCAGUAUACAUGUGAGCUGGAAGAGACAGACGGAGGCAUGCGUCCCCACUGUUAUCCUCUACUAAGGAUCUUCAGAAUGUGUCCUGACAGGCCAGCUUGCGAAAUCACUAAGUUCACCAAUAUCAACACAAACACAGGAGAAGUCGAAAUUCCUGGUGAAACCAGUGAACUACUUCCAAAGGCAAAGCCUUGGCGCGAUGUAUAUCGGUACCAAGACCCUCUGGACAAAUCCACGUAG